AUGAGUACAAGUUACUUUUUCAGCUCUACUUAUAAUGAGAGCAAUGAGGAAGUCAGCCUUUUGUACGGCCUUCCUGAUCCCUCGGUUUUAUCCAGGGUAACCGCAAAUGAAUCCGGGUUUGUCCAAAUGGCAACAUGGCAAAACAACCAAAAUGCUUGGGUUAGUUUAUUCUUCCCAAACGAACCUUGCGACCAUUACAUGCAUUGUGGUGGAAACUGUGUCUGUGAUCCUUAUCAGUUGGGUGAAUUUGAGUGUCAAUGUCUUCCUGGAUAUGAACCUAAAGUCAAAAGCGAAUGGAAGUCGAGGAACGCAAUCAAUGGCUGCACUCGAAAGCCUGGACAACAAUUUUGUGGAAACGGUAGCAGUGCUGAUGCCAAGUUCAUAAAAUUGACAUCUGUUAAGGUGCCAGAUACUACGAAUGCAAUUGGUAAUCGGAGUAUGGGACUUAUAGAAUGCGCAGAUUUGUGCUCGAAAAAUUGUUCGUGCACCGCUUAUUCAAAUGCUAAUGGUGACAAUGGUGGAAGUGGUUGCAUUACUUGGUAUGGUGACUUAAAUGACAUGAGGAAGUAUUCAAAUGGCGGGGGACUGGACGUUUAUAUUAGAGUUUCAGCGGAUGAAUUAGCUCAAUAUCUGAAGAAUUCAAAGGGCUUCAACAGUAAGAAGGUGAUAAUCAUCCUGGCAGCGUCAAUAAUUGGGGUUCUGUUAUUGGUUUGCGCCAUUCGGUUAGCAUUGAGGAAGCGCAAAGGUCCAACACGGAACAGGAAGUUGCCUAGUUUUAAUAUUGAUCCGGUAUCAUCAUAUGAAGUCACUCCAAGGAAAGAUGAGAUAGAUGAAAAGGGAGACAUACAUAUAUUUGAUCUGAGAACCAUAGUUUCAGCGACCAACACUUUUGCUUUCGCUAACAAACUCGGCGAAGGUGGUUUCGGCUCAGUUUUUAAGGGUCAGCUCCAAAAUGGCAGAGAAAUAGCGGUAAAAAGAUUGUCCAGUAGUUCAGGACAAGGAGUAGAGGAAUUCAAGAAUGAAACUACCCUGAUUGCUAGGCUCCAGCAUAGGAAUCUUGUUAAGCUUCUAGGAUGUUGCAUCCAACAAGAGGAGAAAAUGCUGGUGUAUGAAUACUUGCCUAACAAAGGACUCGACAAUUUCAUCUUUGGUAUGCGUCACUCGAUCUUUUUUGGUUAUGUCGUUGUAGCCAAUUAGUUUUUUGUUUCACGAUUUUAUGAUAUGGUUUUCCUCUCUGCAAUAUCUUGCAGACAGAGAAAAAAGCACUUUGCUGGACUGGAGAAAACGAUUUGGGAUAAUCAUAGGCAUUGCUAGGGGAAUUGUAUAUCUCCAUCGCGAUUCACGGUUAAAAAUCAUACAUAGAGAUUUGAAAGCAAGUAAUGUGUUGCUGGAUGCAAAUAUGGAACCAAAAAUAUCAGAUUUUGGGAUGGCUAGAAUUUUUG